CAAGAAAUCGAGAAUUCCCAAUGUCAUUGCUUUCUAAUAGUUUUUCUAUUUAUCUCUGUUUAUGGAGAUUUUCUUUUUCCAUGGGAAUUGUAAAUGAAGAUGAUGGUGGUGGCGGCGGGCGGAACGAGGAGUCGUGCAUUACUGAUUCUGAAUGUGAAUGUGUGGAUGAUGAGAAAGAUGAAACCUUUAGAAAGAAUCCAUAUAUGUGUGAACAUUCUGUUGAACACUACUACUAUCUUUUGCCAAGGGCUAGAAGAAGCAAGAUUUUCACAAGAAAGAAGCCUCCUAUUGUUAUCCCGUCUCAAUCAACGUCACAGGAAAAGGGUCUCGAGAUUCGAAACUCUCUUAAACGCAAAAAAGACGGAAUAGUUGAUGAAGACCUUUCCAUGGAGAAAAAGAAGACUGAAAAUCUGUUUGAUGAAAAACAGAGUAAAUCGGAAGAUGCAAAGAAAAAGCGAAGAAAAGUUAAGCCAAUAAUUGAUCCUCCAGUUUUGCCGGAUGAGUUGAAGGAGAAGAUUUCAGGAAUGGGCGUUCAGAUUUCUCAAGUGAAACUUGUAAUUCAGAAAGCUCUUUAUGAUACAGAUUUGAGUUAUCAGCAAAUGCGUCUAUCAAUCCCUGUCAACCAAGUGGUGAGUAAGGAUUUCUUGACACCCCAACAGAAAAUGGUGUUGGAGACCAAAGAUGUUGUGUCUAACAAAAAGACCAAGAUUCAGUUCAACUUGAUUGAGCCUUCACUUGAACAAACAAAAAUUCAUUUGACAAAAUGGGACAGGAGUAACAGCUCGAGUUAUGUGUUAUUGAACAACUGGAUGCAAGUAGUAGAAAGGAAUAAACUCAAACCUGAAAUGGUAGUGCAGUUGUGGUCAUUUCAUCAACAUUUGGUUCCAUGGCUGGCUCUUGUUUUGGUUCCCAUAUAACUUAGAUGUUCAUUUUAUGUAUAACUAUUUAGUGCAGUUUGCUAAUUUUGAUUAGAAUUAGUAAUUUUUUGUUUUGACAUGAAUCUUUUUAGUU